CUUAAAUAUUCCAUCUGUCAACAUAACUUGAAAUGUCAUCUUUGAUCAUUUAAAGUUCUGUGUAUUUAGUAAAUCGGUUCAUAAAAUUUCAGUUAAUUUUUAUUGGGAACCAUUGCACGUUAGAAAAGUAAUAUAAAAUGUCUCGUUUCGACACCACUCUUAACUCAAUGGAGGAAACGAGAUUCCUCGCAACGUACCAGAAUUUAGCACAGAGCCUUUCUAAAAUAUACCAUUUUAGCUUCGAAGAAGUUCAAACGCUUUUAAUUAUGUAUUUUAAAAUUCAAAAGUUUGAAACAUUCGACCCAAAAGGUAUUACUCGAGAUCAAUUUAUGGAAGUAUGUCAUUGCUGUUUGGAUAUGACCAACACCGAUACAUUAACAAGAAUUAUAUCGUGUUUAGAUGAAAAGUCCAGAGAUCUAUACAUAUCUAAAGAGUUUUUUAUUAAAGCUUUAUCGCUAUUAUUAAGAGGAACUAUAGAAGAGAAAAUGGCGUUUUGUUUUAAGGUAUAUGAUCAAGGACAAUCUGGAUUACUUGCAAAGGAACAACUUUUUAAAUUGUUGAGAACCUUCCUGAAAAGCAAUACCGGCGAGUCAGAUGCUGAAGAAAUGGUCAAAGAUAUGGUAGAAGUGAUUUUAAAGAGGUUAGAUUUGGAUAGAGAUGGUAGAAUAUCGUAUGAUGACUAUAGGUUUAACGUCCUAAAACAACCAUUAUUUUUGGAAUUCUUGGGUCAAUGUUUCCCAGCAAGGCAUACGGUACAUAAGUUCAUGAGUACAUUUACUGAAAAUACGAGAAUUAGAAACUACAAAUUAAAAGGUCUCAGCAUAAUAUACUCACACUCAAUGUUGACAGCAGCAGGGGUUUUUACUUUAAUUAUAAUGGUAGUAGGAAUAAUGGGUAACCUAUUGACAAUAGGAGCCUUAAUAAGGCAUCCCAAACUUCGGACUGUUGCAGCUGCCUUUAUAGCGAGUUUAUGCAUUUCGGAUUUGAUUUUCUGUUUCCUGGCGUUACCAUUUGCCGCUAGUCAAUUCUUCCACGGAGAAUGGAUCCAUGGAGAAACAUUGUGCAAAAUGAUACCGAUACUAAGAUAUGGUUGUGUCGGCGUUUCACUAUUAAGCAUCGGUUCCAUAUCGGUGAACAGAUACAUACUCAUCGCCUGGCCUCAUCUCUAUCAGUCCAUAUAUACGAAAACAAAAGUUGUGAUUUACAUUGGUAUUAUAUGGAUAUUUAGUUAUGGUUUACAAAUACCUACGUUAUUUGGAGUAUGGGGAACGUACGGGAAAGAUGCUAAGCUUGGAACUUGCUCCAUCAAUCCAGACAAAAACGGCCACAGUUCAAAAACUGCUCUGUUCGUGAUAGGUUUUGCUCUUCCCUGUGUUGUCAUUGUUAUUUGUUACGCAUGUAUAUAUUUCGUAGUUCGUAAGUCCCACAUGAAAAUGCAAAAGCAUACAUCUAUGGGAAACAAAUAUAAAAGAAGCGAGAUGAAGAUAACCAAAAUGGUAUUAGUAAUAUUUAUUUGUUUCAUCGUAUGUUAUUUACCUAUUACGCUAGUCAAAAUUUUCGAUUCAGAAGUUGAGCAUGCACCGCUGCAUGUAUUAGGUUAUUUACUUAUUUAUCUAUCUAGUUGUGUAAACCCGGUUGUGUAUGUAACAAUGAACAAACAAUACAGGGUGGCGUAUAUGGACACGUUAAAGUGCAAAUACAACAGUAAUUUAGACUCGCAACAGACUCAACCCGAACCAAGUAGAAGUCACAUGACUAUUUCUUUUUUAAAAAAUAUGGUACAAUCGCCUAGUAAAGCGUAAUUAGGAAAAAAUGUUAAAAACAAAUAUUUUUACGAACGUUAAUUAUUUGUUGCAAAUCGAAUGCAACAAAUAAAGUUUAUAAGUUAUUUUAAUUAUAAAACUUUAAAUAUCGAAGGAUAUGGAGAAUGAUAAAAUUUACUCUCCUGUACAAUAAUACCUACUGGAUAUUAAAAUUCAUUAUGGUCAAGAUCUAGAACUAAUAGAAGAUGGAAAGAUACAGAAGAAAUACAGCAAAGAAUAGAUUAAUUGUGGUUAUAGCACAAUGGAAACCCAAAGACUUUUCAUUACAUUCUAUCUCCCUUAAAAACAGAAAUGUAAUAGAUUUUAAAAUCUUUUUUAAUUAAUAAAAAAUGUACUUUCUUUUUAAGUAUACGGGGUUGGGCUGCUAAAUGGACGCAACACCAAAUGUCUGGCUUUGUUCGACAAGUAACAAAAAAAUUAAAGGAACGGUCGAUUUAGAUUUUUAAAACCGUAUAUUUUGAUGAGGUUAUCAUUAUUCAAUAUAUCAACACAUUUUUUUGCGUAUGAAUGACACAUUUCUUGGUAUGUCACAUAACAAUAUUUUCGAAAAACAAAAUUAAUACAAAAUGUAAUUUAACAUUAAUAAAAAUAUACUAAAAAAUCAUAUAGAAUGAAAUCUGACAUAUAGAGGCACAUUUUUCUGUAUACACACUUUAAAUUUUGUAUUAUAUAUCUACUGACUGGUACAAAAAAGGGGUUGCCAUUCAAAAAAAAGGUCCUAACAUAAUAUACUGAAUAUCGAUGACGUUCGAAAAAAUAUACGUAUACCUAUCAAAAAGGCGCAGCUAAAAACAAAAUCGAUAACUGUACGAGCAUUUUUGUUACUUGUCCCAUAUAAUAGCCCAAGGGCAGCUCUGUGCGGUCGCCGAGGGGGCUAUGUCCCCUCCCCGAUGUUAAAAAUCUUACAAUAUAUUAGUCGUUUAUUAAAAACAUAUGCUAAAAAGGGAAUUGUUAGUGGCAAUGCCCCCCGAAAAUUCUGUCUGGAGCCGCCUUUGAUACAGCCAGAAAUUUGGUGUCCUGCCUAUUUUGUCCAACCCUGUAUAUAUAAAUCAAUGACUUUGGGUUACAUUAUACCAAACUUGAUUUUAUUUAAAAAGUACAAAAAAACAUUCCAUCGCGAAUUGCAUUUCAGUGUUAUUUAAGGGAUAAUAAUGACAAAAAUUAUAUUUCAGAAGACUUUAAUAAAUUACUUUCUCACUAAAAAGUGCCUCUCGAACUAUUUCCUUUAGACCUAGUCUGUGAUAUGUUUUUGAAGAGAGAAAUUAAGGAAAAUUUUAAAUUGUAAAAAUAUACAAAAUGUCCUAUUUAAACAAUAUUAUAAUGUCAAUUCGCUCUCUAUUAUUUUCAACUUUUGUUGUUAUCAUAAGACAUAAUAAUGGGCCACUCUGUAUUUAUUAGAUAUUAACUAGUGGGAAAGUAAAAUCUACCAAAACCAAACAGUUUCUAUUCGGAAACUUUAUAGCUAAUAAUCUACAGAAUAACAUUAAGCAAAUAAUAUACAUAUGUGCAAUAUAUACAGAAUCCAAAAAUGUAUAGAACUGAUGAUAACAAG